AUGUCAAGGAAUUCAUUGUUAUCCAUUCAUUAUGAUGGUGAAAUAGUGUAUGACGUAGAAGGUUCUAUCGUUUUUAGAUCGGGGCAACUGAUAAUUACCUAUAUGACACCGGAAGUCAACAAUUUAACAGCUUUGAAGAAUUUGAUAUUGUAUUCCGUCAAGCAACAAGAGGCAAAAAGGGCGAAAAAAAUUUACUACAGAUAUCCGACUGAAGUAGAUGCCAAUUUGUUUUAUAAAAGGUACCGCGACGACGAGGACGUACGACUUAUAAGGUCAUGGCACAACCGAUGGACAAAUGUUCAUCUGUUGGAAUUAUUCGUGUAUCUCGUUGAGGUUGGUGGCCGAAGAUCAUCUGCAGAUAUUGUCGAUGAUAAUCCAUUGAGUGGAACUGUUAGACGAACUAUCAGAAGGACUAUGGUGGAUUUAAAUAUGCCACUUGAGGGUAGUCAGGAGGGGUCUAAUGUUAAAGUUCGUAAUGUUGACUUAAUGGACGACGAUGUUAAAAGUCAUGAUGGUUCUGCUAUCAGAGAUCCGAUGAUGGAUCAGUAUGAAGUUAACCCCGAUGACGGAUACAAUGCUGACGAAGAACCACCUGAAAUUUCUGAUGAUGGUGACGAGGAAGAAGAGAUGAACUACUACGGUGACACACAGAUCGCUCUGACACAGCUUGCCAUUUCUCGACCAAAUGACUGGCCGGAUCAUUUCAUGAGGUUGAAUCUCGAUGCAAUGACUUCGGAUUGGUCGUUAACCCAGGGAGGCCCUGAAGAGGAUCCAAGCAACGAGUUUGAGGUUGGACAACAAUUUAAGAACAAGGAAGAAGUCGUGUUGGCAGUUAAGCAGUACAGCAUCAGGAGGGAUGCGGAGUACAAAAUAGUAGAGAGUGACCAGUUGAGGUACAAUGCACAAUGUAUCUAG